GCAGGUACGCUGUUUGGGCAGGCUGUAGAGGGCGCUAAGAGCAGUGCCAUCACGCCCUGAUAUUCGGGAGUCUCCCGGAAAAAAUGAGAGGGUUGGCAAGAAAGACACUAUCAAGCGCCAUUCAAUUAAUAGUCGCGGGCCGCACUAACAUUAAAUUUCCAUAUUGAGAUGCGUGCCGGUGCGUGUGUCAGAGACCCCUGGUUAACAUAGCGCAAAGCAAUUUAAGCUUUGUAUGCAGUGUUUUUCAUUUUAAAUUUUCAAAAUUUUUUUGUGGCUCCCAUUGUUUUCUUUAAUUUGUGAAACUUUCCAAAAUGGCUCUUUGAGUGGUAAAGGUUGCCGACCCCUGCCUUAGAGAUAGGGUGAGAAGUUCAGUCACCCGAGAGAGACUCGGAGUAGAGCCGCUGCUCCUUCACUUGGAAAGGAGCCAGCUUAGGUGGUUCGGGCAUCUCGUGCGGAUGCCUCACGAGCGUCUCCCUAGGGAGGUCCUUGUUGCACGUCCCACUGGGAGGAGACCCCGCGUCAGGCCAAGGACCAGAUGGAGGGAUUACAUCUCCUCUCUGGCCUGGGAACGCUUCGGGAUCCCCCAGGAGGAAGUUGCUAAUGUUGCUCUGGAGAGGGAAGUCUGGGGGUCUCUGCUGGAGCUGUUGUCCCUGCGACCCGAUUCCGGAUAAGCGGUUGAAGAUGGAUGGAUGGAAUAUGCUGUGAAAUCCAGGCAUGGCCACAGCCAGCAGUUUUCUGACUGAAGACCAGUUCCUGUGCUCCAUCUGCCUGGACGUGUUUACCGAGCCCAUUUCGACGCCAUGUGGCCACAAUUUUUGCCAGGCGUGUAUACGACAGCACUGGAAGGACAAGGAGCAGUGUCAGUGCCCUUUGUGCAACAAAAAGUUUGCCAAAGACCUCAAACUGAAUGUCAACACCGGCUUCAAGGAGAUAGUGGAUAACUUUAAGGCCCAUCAAGCCGCACCAGUCAAACUGGAUGAGGUGCCAUGUGACCAUUGCCUGGGCACCAAAUUCAAAGCCCUAAAGACCUGUUUGGUGUGUUUGUCAUCAUACUGUGGCGUUCACCUGGAGCCUCACCACAGAGAUGCCGCCUUGAUAAGUCACAAGCUAACACACCCAGUGAAGAAUCUCUCAAACAAGUUAUGCAAGAAACAUAACAAAAUGUGUGACUCCUUCUGCAGGGAUGACCUGGUUCAUGUCUGUGAGCGUUGCGUGGAACAUCGCGGACACCACACCGUGUCUUUGAAGGAUGAGUACAAGCAGCAGAAGGCUGUGCUGCAGAGAAAAAUGUCCCACAUGGAGGAAAUGAUACAUCAGCGAGAGAGGAAGGUCCAGGAGAUCAAGGAAUAUGUGGCAAUCAGACGGAUGGAUAAGGACGAAGUUACACCAAAAUGCUUCAAAACCUUUUCUCUCUUAGUCGCUUCUAUUGAGGUGCAGCUGGCUAAGUUGAGUCAGGCCAUUGAAGACAAGCACAAAGCAGCUGAGCGACAGGCUGAAAUGUUUAUCAAAGAGCUGAAAGAAGAAAUAGAUCAACUGCACAUGACCAGCAACAAACUGGAGCGCCUCUCACACAUCGAAGAUCACCUCGAGCUCAUUGACAGAGUUCGGUCCUUGCCGUCUUCCACUCCACACACCAAGAACUGGUCCGAGGUCAGCAUCAUUAGUCAGCACGGCGUGGCCAGGUUGGCAGCUGCCCUAAAUCACCUGGAGGACACCAUGGACGGAGAAAUGCAACAGGCUGCUGAAACCUUCAGGACAUGUUGUGAAAAGCUUCUUCAGGAAGAACCCCGGAAGAACCCAGCACAGCCAAUCACUGAACUGACGAGUGUCCCAGAAGGCCACAGAUUGGAAGUAAUCCGGCAGCAGUAUGCAGUGGACAUAACCUAUGACCCUUUCUCUGGAAGUGACUUUCUGUUGUAUUCAGACGAUCUCAAACAAGUGCUGACUUAUGAUCGUUUGUGGUUCCCAGAUAGACAGAAACAAAGGAGCAGCUAUGCCUUUGUGCUAGGAAAUAAGAGCUUUUUUAAAGUAAGAUUCUACUUCGAGGUCAAGGCCACAAUGAAGACCGGCUGGGACAUAGGGGUUGCCAGGCAGUCUAUAAACCAGAAUCGCAAAAUCACUGAUAAAUUCUGGCUCAACACCUGGGUCCUCAGAUUGAGAAACAGCAAACAUCUGAAGGCUCUACACACAAGUCCUGUCCGACUGCCUUUCAUAAAAAAACCUGAGCGAGUCGGGGUGUUUGUAGAUUACGAGGUGGGACUGGUGUCCUUCUACGAUGUGGACAAUUUCACUCUCAUCUACUCUUUCACCGGCUGUGAUUUUAAUGAGAGAAUUUACCCAUACUUCAGCCCCUGCCCGAACGAUGACGGCUUAAAUGCGGCGCCUCUGGUACUCGCACGUUCUUUGCCUGCUCCACACAGGAGACAAAAUCCACCCAUCAUGAAGUCACAGCGGCAACAUGACAAUGACUUUUAUAAACGUUGCUUUUUACUCGUUGUAAUGGUAAUCGUAUUCUUUAGCUAUUUAAUAAUUGGCAGUCAAAAGUAGGAUUGGCCAUCAUUGGCAACCUAGUCUUAUAUUCCCAUUCUCUCAGAAUCUUCAACAUUUUGAAUGCUGAUUCCUAUUUUCGAUGCUCAGGCUUCUGUCCGAGAGAAUUUGCUGCUAAAUAGUUGGCUUGCAGCUAACUUUAUCUACAUGCACCGUGUGGCCUCGGUACUCUUUGUUGCAGCAAAUAAAUUGCAAUUUUUAAGUUUUAUUGUCAAUGGUAGACUGAAACACAAGGCUAAACAUAUUAACCACAAAGGAAAAGCCAGCAGGGGGAGGCAUGCUAACCGCUAAACCAUCUUGAAACGACAGAAGAAAUAAGGGUACGAGUAAAGUAUUAGAAGGGUAAAUGGAUGCGUAUAACAGCAGGAAAGUAAGUAUAUACAGUAUUAUCAGGAAAUUAUCUAGUAGAUUAAUAGGAGUCAAGAGAGAAUGGAUAAUAUAACACAAACUGCUCUAUUGCUGUCAAGUAUCAAUCCAUAAACAUAUAGUUGUGAUACCAAAGGUGGUAUCAAUAUAUGGUCCACUACUAGAGUGAUCAGAUCAAUAUAUACCUUUUCCAGUAAUCUUUUUAUUUUGGUUAAUGUUUACAAACUCGGGAAAUAAUCGCCUUGAAGGCAAAAACCAAAGGAAUGAAAUGAGUAAUAGAUAUACAUCUUUGCUUUUGUUUAUUAUAUCCUACUGACUUAGCUUUGAAUCAAACAAUUGUAUGUAAUUAAAGAAAAUAAGGGACAGGUUUGAAUAUUGU